CAUUUUUUUACAUCGGGAGGCGUACUGUUUGGCGUAGUGUUUUAUCGGAUUGUUUUACGGAAAUACUGACUUGGUUCUAGAACGAGCCGAAAAUGCCGGGUUUUAGUAGCGUUGGCACAUUCAAAAUUUUCAUCGGUAAUUUAGCUGACAAGACGUCGAAUGCCGAUAUUAAACCGUUAUUUGAGAAAUACGGAAAGGUUGUAGAAUGCGACGUGGUCAAAAAUUAUGGAUUUGUGCAUAUGGAGAAUGAAGAAGCAGGGAGAAACGCGAUACAAAAUUUGAAUGGACAUAUAGUUCAUGGACAGCCGAUUAAAUGCGAAGCUGCAAAGAGUCGUAAGGGACCUAACACACCUACGACGAAAAUAUUCGUUGGCAAUCUCACAGAUAAUACGAAAGCGCCUCAAGUGCGCGAACUGUUCGCCAAGUAUGGCACCGUUGUAGAAUGCGAUAUCGUGAGAAAUUACGGAUUCGUCCAUCUAGAAGCAACAGGUGAUGUGAAUGAUGCCAUCAAGGAGCUGAAUGGACAAAUGGUGGAUGGUCAGCCGAUGAAGGUUCAAAUUUCUACGAGCAGAGUGCGACAAAGGCCGGGAAUGGGAGAUCCUGAACAGUGCUAUCGUUGCGGUCGCGGCGGCCAUUGGUCCAAGGAAUGCCCGAAAGGAGGAAUGGGAGGAGGACCAGAUAGGAACGGAUACAGAGACCGAAUGUUUGGACGCGACCCGUAUCCUCCACCGCCGCCACCACCGUUCCUUCGGGACCGGCUAAUGGGUGGUGGCCGCUUUGGAGAUUACGAAAGCUACUAUGACAGGAGAGGCUUCGAGGACACCAGGGACCUCUACGAGAGGCGGUUUACGGGUAUGACAGGGCCCUGUGACAUGGGAAGUUCCAUGUGCGGGCUUGACUUUCCACCAAUGACAAUGCCACCUCUACCCCCAAGACGAGACCCAAUGCCUCCUAUGCCUCCUCUAGGUAUGGGAUCCAUGCGCGACACUGGCUUCUCCCGUGGUAACGAGUAUGGCAUGUUCAGCCGCCGAUCACCCCCUCCGAGUGGCAACAACGGCCGGUUCAGCGCUCCCUAUUACGUACAUCACUCAACCGGGAGUGGCGCGGAGGCCUGGGAUGAAGAAACGUUCCUAAGGAAUGCGAACUAGAUUUCUUGAUCGCACUACCGCGAGCCAGGAUGCGAUCCCACAAUUCUAACGAACUCUCGUACGCUGUAGAUAGAAAAGAAAGAAAGAAAAAAAGGGCUGGCGCGAUUUUCAGGAACGGCGCCUAUCGAUUGUCUUUAAAACGUCUCGUAAGUAGAAACCAGCUCUCCAGACGAAUUGGACAGUAAGUUUUGUGUAUAUCGGCGUGUUUCUAAUAGUUGUUACGGUCAGUUUCAUAGCUACGUUUCUUGAAAAGUCUAUUUUAUCGAUCGAUUUCAUUAUUGUUCUCUAUGUAUCGAUUCAGGCUGAUUUCGCGUCGAUUUCUCAAUUGUGAUUUCUCGAUAGUGACGAACCACCAGUUCGCGAAUACUACUACACAUUAGAGAAAUAAUCUCAAGCUGUGUACGCGUUGAGAGAAGGACAAGCAAGUUAUUGAAGUAGUUACUUUGUUUUAAAGUAUCAUUGGUAAAUAGUGUACAAGUAUUCUUCCAAUUUUCACGGACUAUCUGUUUAUUUUCCUUUUAUUAUUACGACAAAAAACUCGUUCACCUAAGUUGUUAUCGGCUCUACGACCACGACAUGUACGAUCAUUUUCUUUGCUUUCACUUUUUCCCCUUUCUUUUCUGUCGUGU